AUGGGCACUCCAUUUGUGGGAUCAAAUUUUGUUGAGAAACAACUCCCCCGUAAAAGCGUCUUGGUUGUUCUUGAUGAUGUAAAUAAUUCAAAACAAUUAGAAUAUUUAGCUGGAGAGCAUGUUUGGUUUGGCCAUGGAAGUAUUAAUGAGGUUGAAAUUUAUGAGGUUGAGAAGUUAGAUUGUGACGAACCCCUCGAGCUCUUCCAUUUAAAUGCUCUGAGAAACAACUCUCUGGAAACUGAUUAUGCUGAUAUGUUAGAUCAAGCAGUAGCUUAUGCAAAUGGUAUCCCAUUAGCUCUUAAAGUUUUGGGUUCGUUCCUUUGUUCCAAGAGCAAAGAAGAAUGGGAAAGUGCAUUAUUUAAACUGAUAGUAGUUCCCAAGAUGGAAAUUCAAAAUGUAUUAAGACUUAGCUAUGAGGGACUAGAUGAUAGAGAGAAGGAGAUAUUUCUUGAUAUUGCAUGUUUCUUCAAUGGGGAUGAUAGAGAUGAUGUGCAAAGCAUACUAAAUGCUUGUGGUUUCUUUGCAGAUAUUGGAAUAAGAGUUCUGAUUGAUAAAUCUCUUAUAACCAUCAUGGAUAAUAAACUAUGGAUGCAUGGCUUGUUACAAGAGAUGGGUAAGGAGAUCAUCUAUCAACAAUCCAUAAAAGAGCCUGGAAAUCACGGAACUACAACAGCUGAAGGCAUAUCCCUAGACAUGUCUAAGCUUGACACAGAUGUAUACUCGAGUCCUGCUGCCUUCUUAAAGAUGAAAAGUUUAAGAUUACUCAAAAUUUAUAGUUCCUUCUCGAUGGACAAACGCAAAAUACACUUUCCUCAAGGAUUUCAGUUUCUUCCUGGUGCACUAAGAUAUCUUCAUUGGGAUGGAUAUCCCUUGAAAGCAUUGCCAUUAAGUUUUAUUGCAAUGAAUCUUAUUGAACUUCGUAUGCACAACAGUCAGAAUCUUGAUAGCUUGAAAAAGAUUGAUCUUAGUUACUUCAAGCACCUGACUCAAAUCCCAGAUCUCUUUCGGGCUCCAACUCCUGAGAAGUUACCAGGAAGUAUAAAGUACAUUGAUUUCUGUAAAACCACAGUAAAAAAAUUUCCCUCAUCAAUGUGGUCUCUCAACCAACUUGAGACAUUGAUGUUUGAGAACUGCAAAUCUCUUACUGAUCUCCCAAGCAGCGCUUGUAAUCUGAAGUCCCUGAAAAGGUUUUCUUUAUAUUAUUGCACAUCUCUUCUAAAGUUCCAAGACCUUCCAAGAAAUAUAACAUGGUUAACUUUGGCUGGGACAGCAAUAGAAAUGGUUCCCUCAUCAAUUGGGUGUCUCUCUCAUCUUUUUACACUGGACAUGACAUUUUGCGAAAUGCUUGAGUGUCUCCCAACCACUCUUUAUGAAACAGCUAUUGAAGACAUACCAUCCUCCAUUGCAAAUCUAUCUAGACUUGGGAUAUUAAUGUUGGAUGGGUGCGAAUGCCUUGAGGUUCUUCCAAACAACAUUUACAAUAUAAAAGGUCUUAAACUUAGCCUUUCUGGCCUUUCUGGCUGUUCAAGUUUUGAUAAGUUUCCUCCCCUUUCUGGAACAUGCUAUUUGGGAGAACUAGAUUUAAGUCACCUCAAUAGAUUACAAGUUCCUAUUGGCGUUAGCAGCUUAUCCUCAUUACAAAUUUUGAAUCUAAGUAGAAGCAAAAUUGAGAGCUUACCUACAAGCAUGAAGUAUCUUUCUACACUGGCUCACCUUGACUUGAGGAAAUGUAAGAAUUUAAAAUCUUUGCCAGAGCUUCCUCCAUUUUUAGAACUUCUACAAGUAGAUGAUUACGCAUCACUGGAGACUGACAAUUUCAAGGAAUGA